CACACACAUACACACACAUAGACACAUACACACACACAUACUCACACACCCUUCCUGGAGGUGCUGGGAGCAGCUGCAGCAUUAGCGUUGAAAGAGAUUUGCCGUUCACUGGAGUUUGCAUCCCCCCCCGUUAAUGAAUGGAUGCUACGGCGAUCAGCUCAGGAGCUUCUACCAUUGGAUUGCGGGAAAUGGUGGAUAUCUAUUCUUGAAUUUAUUUAUUUAUUUCUAUGCUCUCCAUUUUUUUCUCCCCACCCUCUCCUGGUGUGCUGUUGUCGAAAGGACGAUGGGGUCUUGUGCUUGAUCGGAUAAAGAUGGAGGUGAACGUGUCGUCUCUGGUGCAUGGCAUACUACUGAGGUUUCACUGCCCGUUAGGGUGAAUGGAGCUUUUAUUUUUCUUUUUUUUUUUAAGUGGGAUCUUUUGUUUUCCGGGGAUUGGCCGAGCACUCCUGUGGUGAAUUGAGCUAUUGUCGAAGACUGGGCCUCUCAAGCUUUAAAUCUUUGACUAUCCAUCCAUCCCCUCCCUUCCUUCCCCUGUUACCUUCAAGUCAAAAAGGAACAAGUGGAUCCCAAAACCUCCACUGAAACCUCUCCUCACCAUCCUCCUUACUUCCAAUGCCCCAUUUCCCUCAUCUCUACCCCUGCCCCCCCCACCUCUCUCCUGCUCCCUCCUCCCACAUCAGAGUGGCUACGUAAUGUGCCUCCCUACGCAUGCAAAUGGGGAUGCUACAAAUGGUGGCUGGGACUGAUGCCGAUGAAAGGGUGAUGCCUCGCGCAGUCACCUGCACUGCUGCCACUGCUCCAGAUCAGCCUGGGAGAGCCCAGCAGCCGAUGACAACCACCCACAGUGUGAACACAGUCAUUUGUAGCUUGCUUGUGGAUGUAAAUGAGACGUGUGUAUGUGUGUGAAGGUGCACACUGGUUCCUGCCAUGUCUGGUGUGUGAUCGCUCUAGCGGGACGUUCUUACUGAUGCGGGGGAGGCACUGAGCCUGAGGUUGGUCGACCUCCCCCUGCACACCCCCUCUUGUCCCCACCUCCCUUCUUCCCCCUCCUCCCCAUUCCACCACACCACCUUAUUCCAGAAGCCCCCAGGGGGUGAAGGCCACCUGGUAAAGGGGUCACGAUGAAGAAGAACCGUAGCAGCAAUCCGCGGCGGGCCUGGCCCAGCUCGGAGCUUAGUGAACGCCCGCUGGAGCACAGUCUCCCCCGUAGUGAGAAAGACAUCCGUGCGCAGAAACAGCAUCUUCCUCCCCCUCCUCCACCUCAUUUCUCUCCAUCCCCGCCAAGGUAUCGUGCGCCAGGUGACGUGUCCCCGAUCAGCAUGUCGCCCAUCAGCCAGUCACAGUUCAUCCCACUGGGGGAGAUCUUGUGCCUGGCCAUCUCUGCUAUGAACUCUGCCCACAAGCCUGUCAACCAGGAGGCUCUGGUGGAGCACCUCACUGCCAGCUUCCCAGGCGUGCCUACACCCAGCUCUGAGGUUCUGCGACAUACCCUGAACAUGCUGGUGCGAGAGAGGAAGAUCUACCCAACUCCAGAGGGCUACUUCAUUGUCACACCCCAGACCUACUUUAUCACUCCCUCCCUCAUCAGAACUAACAACAAGUGGUAUCACCUGGAUGAUCGGUUGCAAGAACGGCAACCGCAACAGCAGCAGCAGCAGCAGCAGCAGCAACCUCAACAGUGCACUUCGCCUCCAUCUGGCAAUGCAACACCGUCGACACCUGGCUGCCUGAGAGAGAGGCCUCCUCGCAAGAAUCACAAUGACUCAUACAAUUCCUAUCGUGAAGACCCCCCCAGACAUCACUCCUCUGCGCUCCAAAGUAAGUCACCAAAGGAGCACAGAGGAGAUUCGUAUCAAAGUAAGCCACCCAAGGACCACACUGGUGGGGAACCUCCACCAAGCACGGCAGCCAAGGAGCACAGAGGAGAACCGCCUUCAUACCCUUAUCCCCCACUUGCCACCUCCCCUCCUGUCCAGCAGCAAACGACACCUCAAGAUCCAGCUGAUAAGAGCAAGAGCAUUAGUUCUUUCCCUUAUAAAACUGACACUCUGACCAAAAAGAAAGAAGGAAGUGGUGGUGGUACUAGUGAGAAGCAAUCCAAGAGGUUUGGACUCAGGCUGUUCAGACUGAGUUUCAAGAAGGAUAAAAUGAGGCAGUUGGCCACCUUCUCAGCCCAAUUCCCCCCAGAGGAGUGGCCUCUUCAUGAUGAGGAAGUGCCUACCACGCCUAUUCCCCGUGAAGUGGAGAUGGAGAUUAUCCGCCGAAUCAACCCUGACCUAACAGUGGAGAAUGUGGCAAGGCACACAGCUGUGAUGAAGAGGCUAGAGGAAGAGCGCACGCAGAAGAACAAGGUGGGAUCAGCCCAACACAGUGCUCGCAGCAGGAGGGGUAGGGGACAUCGGAGGGCUCCACAUGGUAAGUCUCGCUCUCAUAGCAAACCCCGCACCUCUAGAGGGGACCCAUCAGAGGGUUCAAACUGGGACCUUGUGUUCAUGGAAAGGGAUUACCGUUUCUUUAGCCACUCGUUAGUUCGCUCACCUCGAGAGGCCAUGUACACUUUAGAGCGUAGGCGGAGUGGAGGUGCAACGUACCUGGUCCACAGCAACCCCAAUAUUACUGAAUCGUACUGCCCUGUUACCCCUGAGUGGGAUGUGUCUGGGGAGCUAGCCAAGAGGCGGACAGAGAUGCCCUUUCCUGAACCGUCACGUGGAACAUGCCAGUCCAGAGUGCAAAGAAGUCACAGUCACAAUCAGGAUAGGAAGUCACGUCAUGAGAGGUCCGAUCAAGCUAAAGAACGAUCUCGGUCCAUGGACAACUCCCUUAAGGGCCUGUCACUGGGUGCUCCAGAAGACUUUGAUCCCACUUUGGAGGAGCGUAGUCAUUACUACACUGAUGACGGCACCCUGCGAGCCACACAGAAGUCCUCCCACUACUCAAGGAUCAUGUUCUCUGCUGCUAAGUUCCACUCUGAUUUUAAUGUGCCUGAUAUGGGGAAGGGGAGUUUGGAUGAGUCGAGGAUUCGGAGUACAAUAGAGAGGAACAAAAGCAGAGACAGCUUGCCAACGUACAAUGAGCUAAUGGGACUUUCUCCUAAGCCCUCAACAGAUGAGUAUUUCCAGUGCAAUACGUCAAAUGAAACAAUCCUAACUGCCCCUUCGCCUCAGGCAAAAUCAGAAUAUGACACAUUAACCUCAUCAGGGGGACUCCAAAAGGGCUCUCCGGCUGACCGCCAAACGCCUCACCUCACGUCUCCGCAUACGAUGGAGUACAAAGAGGACUUGUCGGCAGCAAAGGGACAGAAUGGCUCGUUGCGAAUGACACCAAGCCAGACACCAGAGCCCGUACAAAAUGCCCGUUUGACGCCACACCAACACAAUGUAGAUCCUGGAGGGGGUGGAGGCAGUAUGGUAAUCAAGAGGAAAGAGAUCUUCAGCAAGGACACUUUGUUCAAACCUCCACUCAAUGCCUUGUCCACAGGCUAUGUGGACAGCAGCUACACCAAGUCCGGCACAUUGCGGAAAGCCUCACAUGCCAAAUCAACAGAGGCCCUAGACAAUCCUGAGCCCCAGCAGCCUUCCAAUUCAGCCACUUCCUCAGCAUCACCUGCAGUUUUACAGGGCUGUUUAGAGCCAACAGUCCCCUCUGCCUCAUUUGACUAUUAUAAUGUAUCAGAUGAUGAGGAAGAGGAAGAGGCAGAGGAGAACUCGCACAAAGAGUUGGCAUCAACAGGGGACAACAAGGACCACGGGGAAGGGGGUGGUAAUGGUGGAGGUAGUGGUGGUGGUGGAGAGGGAACCAUGCAAUGGCUCCUGGAGCGGGAGAAGGACCAUGAUCUACAGCGAAAACUGGAGACCAAUCUGACCUUACUCAGCCCUAAGGAGACGGAGAACAGCAGCAGCCAGAAAUCGGCCCACUCUGCCCGUUUGGACAGCAUGGACAGCAGCAGUGUCACAGUGGAUAGUGGAUUCAACUCCCCCAGGACACGUGAAAGCCUUGCAUCCAACACAUCCAGCAUUGUGGAAAGCAAUAGACGGCAGAAUCCAGCACUGAGCCCAGGCCACAUUGGUACCAGUGGUAUCGGACUGCCAUUCAGCUUUCGUGCCAUCCCAGAGCCUCCCACCACACAGCCUGAGAAACUCCAGAAGUCAUCGAACUGCCUGGCCUCCAUCACCAGCGUCUGACAGGGCAGCACAGACUGAGACCAUGAAGGUGGUGGAGGAGAGAGGAAGUGAGGUGUUUUCACCAUUUUUGACCCUUGCUUUCCUCAGCCUACACACACACACACAUACACUCACACACUUACUCACACCUAUUCAGACUCCUGAGAAUCCAUUUACUGGGACUGUUACAAAAACAGGCAUGGCUUCAAGAGACUGUUCCCACAGCUUCAAAAACUUUACUGCAAAAAAGAGAAGAAAAACUACAGAAUAUCAAGACCACACCGGGUGAAGAAACCUACAGGAAGUACUUGGAUUUUGGUGACAUGGACUCUAGUUUGGCUUAUAUCAAGAUUCUUGAUUAUUGGUAUUGGAAAGUAGUAGACUAUAGGCUUCAAGUUACAUUUGGAAAUAUCAAAAAAAAAACUUUUUAUAUUACUUAACAAUACAUGUCCGAUUAAAUGUUCUCCUUCCUGAAAUAGCGUUCUUCAGGACGAUUCAAUGUAUCAGCACAAUGUCGAGACAAUAAAAGUUGAUCUUGAGAACAACGAACGAAAGAUAUAAAAAACAUAAAUCAGCUCAGAUUUGUGUACCGCAAUGCAAAUGAUGUAUGUAUACUCGAUACUUUUGAUAUACUAAUUAUUAUAAUGGUGGUAUUAAAGAUGCUAUGUGACCAAA